AUGGCUGGUCUGAGGGAUGCCGAUCUUGCUAAUUGCUGGAGACUCAAGCUCAAACGGGCCUUAGCGGCAUCAACCCAAGCUCCCAAGCUCAAGCCAAGCUAUGCAGCACUAGCUGGCGGCGUUCACAAGUUGGCAGGAACUACGGUGACAGGAGCAAUCGUUGCCGCUGCUCACCUGGCUGUGCUGAAGGCGGGCUCCGGGUGCAGUGAACUCAGCACCGUAAAAUCUACUCAGUCUUGGAAUUGGAGCCUGAAAUCUCAGCCACAAGAGGAGCUUCAAGCAAGAAAUCUAGAAGCUGAUCGCAUCAACAUCGGCCUGCUCAUGAACGAGCGAUCCUUCCUGGAGGACAAGCGCUAUAAUCAGGAGAUGGGCAACUUUGCCAGUGCUGUGCACUGGUUCUCGGAAGUCCAGCCCGACUUCUGGCACACUGCCAGGGAGGCCCGAAGAUAUAUGGACCGGAUCAUACAGGAGGGGGUCAGCUUCACUGGCUUCAUCAUCCAGAACGAGCCUCUUGGCUUCAGGUCUUAG